AGAGUACCUCCACGCCAGCGACAGUGACGGAGUGCAUUUCUGAAAUUCAUCUCACCAACCUCAAGACAACCCAUACCGCCCCCCUCAACGUCAAUUGGUCGCCAACAUGGCUGCGAGAGUGCUGCUGCGACAGAGAGUCGCCGCACCUUUCAUGGCCGCUACCCUGGUUGGAGGAGCUCUAUUUCCCUCGGUUGCGCUCGCCGAAGCACCACCUCAACAGAUCCAAGACCAUCAACUUUUUCUAAGGAAAAAGCCGAUCUACGACGACUUCGAGGACACACCUCUACCCAAGAGCACAACGCCUGUACCCUCUCCGACAUCCAGCACAAUACCCGCAUCGUCAAAACUUCUACCUGAGCCCGUCGACGAUGAGCAGCAUAUCAUUUCGCGGGGCCCAACACCCACAGACCGCCUAGCCGAACAAAUCGGCAAGGUUCGCCUAUUUCUAUACAAGCAGGCUGUAGCGGCUGAGGAUGGUGUCAAUGCCGCCGUCGAUAAGGCAUUCCACCUAGAGAAGUCUUUCACGUCUACCAUUGCGUCCCUGGCGCCUACACGCGAGAGUGGUGAACAGCUGAUGCCGGGACUUGUGUACGUGCUAGUAGCUUCGAUGGCCGGCAGCAUCAUGACGCGAAACCGCAACAUCCUCCUCCGCGCUUCUCUCCCUCUGGCACUGGGCAUCGGCGCCGGCUGGGUCGUCAUCCCCGUCACCAUGGGCAAUGUCUCGGACCUUCUGUGGACGUACGAGCAGCGGUUCCCGGCCGUCGCCGAGACGCACGUGCGCACGCGCGAGAGCAUCCAGCAUGCUUGGCACAUGACGACAAUGCAUACAGAACUCGGCAAGAACUACAUCGGCGAAAAGGUCGGCGAUGCUCGCGAUGUCGUCGAGGGCUGGGUCAAGAACGGCAAAAAAUAAACAAAAUUCGCAGUGUGGCUGUUACCCCAUAGGAGGAAGGUGUCUGUACUAUAGACGGUUGAAUAGACGCAUACAUUUUCCUUUGUCCAAAACAUGAACAUAAAUAUGUAUGUUAGUUUCGCUGCAGUAGAUGGCAUGAAAAAAUAAAGACAUUAAUGUACAA